GAGCUUCUUUUUUUGAGUGACACUUCACUUCAGCCUCGUCAGUGUCAAUGCUCCACCAGGAUUCACCGAACAUGCGAUGCUGUUAUUUCAACGUGAAGCAAUGAUUGUACGAAAUCGACAUUCGAGUUUCAUGUUGACUUAUCUUCAAUCAUCUUAUGUGUGUGUGUAUGUUUGUAUCAAAACCAUCCAAAGUAUGUUCAAUCUUUGGAGCUUCGGAUUUGGCACCCACACCAUCCCAUCCUAGAACAUCUCUUGGGCCCCAAUACGAGUUCCCCUCAUCUCCCAUUGCUUAUGACGAUAUUAUACAUGAAUACCUAGGGUAUCAUCAGGUCACAUUUUGUCCAAGACCUCAAAAGGAAAUGGAACGAUUGUGAGGCCCUGGCAACAUCAUCAAAAUUUUCAUCACGUAUCAGCAUCUUCAUAAUUCCCAACCAUGACAUCUCUUCCUUCAACCUACAGAGCUCUACGCUUCGGUACUCUUGCGGGCCCUCUUACCAUCGAGGAACAAGACAUCUCAUCGAUCCAAACUCCCAAAACUCUCUUGAUCAAAGUCCAUUUCGCAUCUAUAAAUCCCGUUGAUACACAAUUAUGGCGGGCAGGUAUAGUGUCCGUAGUCUCUGGCUCGAAAGGCAUGGGGCGUGAUUUCUCCGGCACUAUUGUAGCCAUUGGAGAUCAGGUGAAGGGGAAUUGGUCUGUUGGAGACGAGGUCUUUGGAUUGUUGUUUCAAGUUUUCGGCCAAGGAACUUUCAGUCAAUACAUUGCUGUUAAUCCAGCUUCAGACCCAGUGGUCAAAAAACCUAACUGUUUGUCUCAUGAAGCCGCGGCAUCGAUUCCUCUCGUUGCAUUGACCAUGUUUGCGGCUUUGGAUUGGCUUCCCGCAGCUAGGAGUAAUUCGCAAAGAAAAGUGAUUGUACGAGGAGCAUCAGGAGGGUGUGGUUCAUGGGCUGUUCAAUCGAAAAGCCUAUACGACUGUCACGUCACAGCCAUCUGCUCCACCAAAAAUAUUGAGUAUGUUAAAAGUCUAGGAGCAGACGAAACAAUAGAUUAUACCUCCCAGCCAGUUUUACAGACAUUAAUCAACAGCAAAAACAAUUCAACAGAAUACGAUCUACUAAUAGAUUGUGUGGGAGGAACAGACCUCAUACCAUCUUACCAAACUCUUCUCCAUCCCCACGGCGCCUACACAACCAUCGUAGGCGACAAAACCGACGUGAAAGGCCUCGGCGGACCCGUGACCUUCUUUAAAAACCCCAUUCAAAUCUGGCGUUACAUAUCCGGUUUCAUAUGGGGUCCUCGUUAUGCCGUGAUAUCCCUGCAUACCAAAUCCGAGUAUUUGGAAAAGAUAGUGGGGUUGGCUGAGAGAGGAGAGGUGCAGGUUGAGAUUCAGGAGGUGAUUAAAGAUGCGUUGAAUGAGGAGACGGAGGGAUGGAUGAGAGCUAUCGAGAUUAUUGAGAGUGCGAGGGUUAAGGGGAAGGUUGUUCUGGAGAUAUUGUGAUGCGGAGGGAUAAUCGUAAAUUAUGUGAUGAUGAUAUACCGAUUGGCCCUGCUUAUAUAUAACUCUCAAUUCAGGAAUUGGAUUCAAUCUUUGGUCCCUAUUGAGACGAAUCACAUUCAUAAAUACUGUUAAUCGCCCAGAAUUAGAAUUUAUAACUUCAACCUGAAGAUCUAGAUGUUUAGUAUCA